AUGGGAGGCCUUGAAGCUACAAUGAUUGUCAUUGACAAUUCUGAAUUUAUGAGAAAUGGAGACUAUUUAACUUCAAGAUAUGAAGCCCAAUUGACUGCCACUGAAUUUAUUUUCCAAAAUAAAGUCAAUUCGAAUCCUGAAAAUACCGUCGGUUUGUUGGCAUACGGUGGGAAUGGCCCACAGGUGUUAUCCACCUUGACCACAGACUUUGGUAAAAUAUUAUCUGGAGCUCACGAAACCAAAAUAAACGGGGAAAUUCAUUUUUCUAAUGGGAUUUCUGUAGCUGCAUUAGCGUUGAAGCAUCGUCAAAAUAAAGUUCAAGCUCAAAGAAUUAUAGUGUUUGUUGGAUCUCCAAUCAAAGAACUGGAAAAGGACUUAGAAAAAUUGGCUAAGAAGAUGAAAAAGAACAAUAUUGCAGUUGAUAUUAUAAAUUUUGGUGAGGAAUCGGUCAAUACCACCAAAUUGGAAAAAUUUAACUCCAUUAUAAACAAUCAUGAUAAUUCGCACCUUGUUACGAUCCCACCAGGUCCAAGAAUGCUAUUUGAGGUAAUUGCUACUUCCCCAAUUCUUGUUGAAGACGGAUUUGACAUGGGUGGAGAUGGAAUGGGCAAUGAUGGGUUUGGUGGUAUGGGUGAUAUCAUUGACCCAAAUAUGGAUCCAGAUUUGGCAUUAGCGUUGAGAUUAUCAUUAGAUGAUGAGAAAUUGAGACAAGAAAGAGAAGCAGCCGAGAAGGCAGCUAAGGCAGAAGAAGCUGAAGCUGGAGCUGCUGGUGGCCCCUCGAAAGAUCUAGAAAAGAUUGAAGAGAAAAAAGAGGAGGAAAAGGAAGAAUAA